AUGACUCGCCCGACUCCAUAUGGAAAACCGCUGAGCGAUGAGGCGAAGCAACAAGUGAACGAGGUUCGCUUGAAGAUCCUCCAACCAAUUCAUCCGAAUGUAAGCUUCAGCAAAUUUUGCAUUUUUUUUUAAAUGUAAAUUGUACAUUACAAGGUUUAGCAGUUACUAGAAAGUAGUUUUGGACCACUCCGGUCAAGUCUUGUCAAAAUGCAUGAUGUUCUGAUUAUCAAGAGAAAUUGUAAAAUUCCUGGCAGCACUUUGAGUUUAGACUAAAACAAAAAAGCAGGAAUUUGGUAUUCGUCCAUGAAAAUUGAUUGGUCUUUCAGUUCAAUACCGACUUCAACAUCUACCGCUUCAUCAUGGCGGCGGAGCGCGUUCACCGUAAGGAGCGUGACGUCAUCAAGUAUGCCGCCCUUGCUCUGAACAACCACUUGCGCUAUCGCAAAGCACUCAACUUGGUCAGUGCCUUCUGGUGCUGUACCGUGUUAUUGAUAUCAUUUUUAGGAUGUGGAGCAUAUUCCGUCGUUCGACGACAACCCAAUCUUUCAAAAGAAGCUGAUGCCAAGAGGAGAGAUUUUGGAAAAGACGGAUUCGCAAAACCGUCUAUUGUGGUACAUUGAGUACGCCACUAUCACUGUGGAGGUACCAAAAUUAUAGAAAAUUUUUAAAAAUCUUAAAACUGUUAAUUUAAGAGCAUUGCUCACUCAAUCCGCAGCUCGGAGGCCUGCAAAUUCCAGUUCCUUCAAUUUGAGUACAUGCUCCGUAAGGUCAUGGAGCAAGAGGAACGCACCGGAAAACUGAGCUCUCUGCGUCAUAUCGUCAACAUGGACGGAUAUGAGAUCAACCCAUUCACAAUGGUCUUUGUGACCAGUGGAACGUUGGCCUACUACUCCCAACUCUUCCAUUUUGAGAACUAUCCGGAACUGGUAAGCGAAAACUAAUUAACAACAGAUCAUCUUGAAAACAAAUAAGUUAUGUCAGGUCACACCGGUGGAUAUGGUCAACAUCGCCAAGUGGAUUCAUGUCCCGUACAAAAUUGCGAAGGCGAUGAUGCCAAGUGGCUUCACGGACAAGUUCCGUCUUCAUGAUCGCCACUUCAUCGAGACUCUCCAGGAUGAGAUCAACAUUAAUGACAUACCGGUCAGCUUAGGAGGCAAUGACGAGGUAAUUGGCGUAGGGUUACUACUUUACUGAAUAGUUAAGGGUCCUUAGCCACUAAAAGCAUAGUAUUUUUCGAGAUGAAGUUAUGCACUAAUCAGAUUACUGGGUACCGUCACUACUGUUGCUUCAACUCCCGUUUGUAAUGAAACAAGUUCCAGACCAUCAAGUUUGUGGAUGCCAUCAAGAUCGACCCGAACAACUACUGGCGAGUGGACAACGCCGAUCUUAUCGACGCUCUCGAGGGAUUCCACGUGGGAGCCCGAAAAAACAGAAACGUUGUGCUGAACAUCACCAAAUGCGUGGACCUCAAGUGGUACUUCUGCACUGACGGAGACAUCUACUUUGGAAUCUUCUUCGAGGUAUCAAAAAGUUAUCCAAAAAAUGGGUUAAUCUUAUGGUUCUUAUAGGGCGACGCCACAAACAACAACGAGGAGGAGCCGAACCUCGAGAAAAUGGAGAUGGUGUACCCGUGGCUCAAGAUCACAGCCAAGCUGGUUCACGAGAUCGAUGGAAUUAAUUUGAACCGUCCCGGGCGGUACCAUAUCGUCUUCUGCAACAAACACUCGUGGAUCCACCGCAGAGCUGUUCAAUUCUACGCCCAGGUAUGCAUACUUAUUACAAUAAAGUGCUGAGACUUGAAAUUCAUUUUCAGCUCCACGAUGAUACUGAGAACAGCUACAAACGACUUUAUACCGACGGCACCAUGUCGUCAGCUGAUCAAAUGAUCUGA